AUGGUCCUCGGUCUUCGUCCUCCUUCAGAUCCCGAAAGAGCCCAGGCAUGGUGGACGGAAGUUUUCCUGUCCCAUCCGCCUCGCGAGGUGGUUGACGCACCGGAGUUCCCUCCCAGGCCGGACGAGUUUCAAGAGAUCGACUGGGCCCCAUAUGUGGAAUCGAAAGAUGCAAAACUAGCACGCAUCUUGUGGGAUCGUCCCACUCAAAAGUUCCGACAAUACUUGGACAGCCUAGGCCAGCACCCUUUUCCUCGGCCGGAUGAUGACGACGAUACAAGGGCAAUGAGGCACACGGAAGGACUCGCCUUCGAGGUGUACGAGCUUCUCCUGCGGGAGCACAUGUACCCCAUUGCAGAGUCCGAAUGGCAAGAUAAAUGGACGCAGAUGGGGAUGGACCAGGCGAAGUGGCGUCUCGAUGAUAUCUUGGAAGACUGGGGGCAUGUGCCGAAUACGGGUCCCGUCCUUAUUCGAGGCAAAGAUGUAAUGACUUCCCGCCAAUUGACGGUUGCAACAUUGAAGCAGGAGCUUAGGGCCCGAGGCCAAGUCCAGACUGGGACUUCGCAAGUCUUGCGUAAGCGUCUUUAUGACUAUGAGCGCAAGUCUCUCACCUUCUUUUCCAGAAGCGACCUUGGACAUUGGAACAUAUCCACAGGGAAGCCGCGGGGACGAAGAUUCCACCCGGGCGAUGAGUUGAACCCUCUGGACAUGUACACCUGGGCUAUUAAACUCAGCCCAUACAACCCUACAUACUGGGUCAGCCGUUCCUAUUACCACUACCAACAGGCCUUCUUUGACCUUGCGAUCGGAGAUGCCUACCGAGCCCAGCUUCUCUGCGAGGUCCUUGUCGAUGCUCGGUGCAGAAAUCGUCAACCCGGGCUCUACCCCCGAAUCUGGCACGCGAUCUCUCAGCAUAUCCUGGCAGGCAUGAACAGUGAUACAGGAGGCGUGCCGCCAGAAGUGGAAAAAAUGCGUCAACCUAACGGGAUUAACUACUUCAUCCCAACCCUUCGAAAGGCACUUCAUAAUAUCAUCAGCCUCAGUCUCGCUGCUCUUCAAGCCCGAGAGGAUUGCAAGGCAAUGGAGAAAUACCUCCCUCAGAGGGUCAUCAUGCCGGACCGCGAUAGACGACCUUUCGAACGACGUCACGAGGUAAUGGAGGCUUAUUUCGAGCAGGCUCACGAUGAAAAGGAGGAGAAACAGCUUUGGUUUCACGAGUCCCGGGCAGGAAAGGUUUCGACAGGAAGGCUAUAUCCGUAUGAAUCGGGUGACAAACAUCGCACUGAUCAAGAUUUCCUCGAUGAAUUGAACCAAAGGCUCUUCGGAAACAAUCAAGCCCUCCCCUGGAGAAGAUGCAAGGUCAAAUCGGUGGAGCGCCUCAAGCCAGCAAAGGAUUCCGCCACGGCACUAGGUGUGUUUGCAACCGAAAACAUCAAGAAAGGACAGAUGAUUUUCGUCGAGGAGCCAGCAAUGCGGGGACAUCUGGGGGUGAGCAGGCUGCCAUCGGACCGGUGUGAAUACAGCGCAAGCACGGCACGAUGCGCCAACUGUUACAAAGAGCUUGGUGCUGUGUGGCCGGGAGAGGACCAAGAACAGAUCAGAAAGAUCAAAGCCGGACAGGACAAGGCCGCAUGCAAAUGCGUUCUCCUCGAUGAGAAAGAAGCUAUACCACUCAACUACUGUCCCCCAGGUCCUGGGCCCAAGACAUGCUCCGAGAUUGCACGGAAGCUUUAUCACUUUCGGGCCUGUGGGAGGAAUUGGAAAUGGCUGCAUGAUGCUAUGCGCCCAUACAUGAUGAAAUGGGCCAAUCAUAAAGAUUAUUCUUACUUUAGCCACACAAACGAGGCCCAUGGAACGUUGCUGAGCCUUCUCCUCAGGGAAGUUUUUGACAUCACACUCGAGAGGCGUGAUAGGUUUCGCGACCCAAAUCUCAUGGCGCACGAGAUUGACGAACUCUUGAUCCUUGAGGAUAACUUGGACCAAGCUGAUGAAAAAGUAGCUUUUCCGUUCACAUUGGCUGCCAAUAUCCAGGUCCCCUUUGACAUUCUCAUGCAGCUGGGCGUGGACAUAUUCGCAGACCUGUCGUUCGACACCUGGGUCAUUCAAAUCGUGUUAAGGAAAUUGCUAAUCAACGCGGUUCCCUGGGCUGAUGUACCGGCCCUGAAGAUGAGUAAAGAGCCACGCAAGAAGAUCGUUAGGCGGAAGGAGAUUGACGACCCAGAAAAGCAACGAGAAAUGACUAAAAAGAGGGAAAGCUUUGAAAGCUAUGACCCAUCUUUUCGAGCAUUGUAUCUCUAUCCGGGUUUCAGCCUCUUCAAUCAUGCCUGCCCAGAAAAGCACAACGCACAGUGGGGAUUCGACUUCGGCGGGGUCCCAAAUCGUGUAUUUGUAUGGGCAAAAGAAGAUAUUCCCAAGGGAAAGGAAAUUCUCAUUUCCUACACUGAGUCGCCCAUGACAGAAAAGGGUAUGCUCAGGCAGCUUGGCCGACCAUGUGCCUGUGACGGCGAACACGCCGACGAGUCAAGCGAUGAGGACGAUACUCAGCAGCAGUCUCCAGAGUACCCGCCACUGAGCGCCGCACCUCGUGACCCGACUCCAGAUAACAGUUCCGUUCCGAGUCAGGGUUCUUCUACGAGGGCACUCGGGACCCAGACGAAACUUGGCCGGGCGCAGAUGGACGGAGCAAAUGACGACAGAGAGGAGUCUGCAGCCAGAGAGCAAACUUUACUUCCCGAAGCAACUGAGGCCGAAGAGCAGUUUGACUCGGAGUUGGAGCGUUAUAUGGCAACAAGGAAGCGCCCAUACCGCGGGGAAUGGGCAGAAAAUGGACAUUACAAGCGUCGGCACUUCGAUUCCUAG